AUGUCUGUUCCGAUUCCCUCAGAAAUACGAGAUUACAUCCAUAAAUUAGGAUUACAAAUAGAAUACUCAGAUACGGACCGACCUGCCGCUGAACUUACUAUCCCUAAUAUCCCCAAUGCGGAAGGAAGGUUGGGAAUUCUUAAAUUCUUUCAUUAUUCCUCCCAACCUUCCAGGUCAACGGAAAGUUUCAAAAGAGCUCUGCAAAAUUUUGGUGAUAUAAAUGAGUUCAAAGCUAGAUAUCACCAUAAGGCCAUUGUCAUUGGUUCAAAAGCCUACAUAAUAGGUGGCCAUAGCUCCGUAGGCGUCGUAGGCUCUGACAUAACAAGUAUGCUUGUUAUGGAUUAUUCAACGUUGGCCGUUAACGAACAGAAUCCAAAAUUAUCCGUGACUGGUCAUGAAGCUGUUCCAAUAAGUGAUUCAAAAUUUCUGCUAUUGUUCGGUACAGAAAGUGUAACGCCUUUAAAGUUUGCAGAUCCCGUUCGGCAAGUUGACAUACAAACAGGUGUUGUAAGUACUCUUAAUAUCAGUGGCACGGCUUCAGCCCGGUACGCUCAUACCGCUACCGUGGUUGGUAAAAAAGUCUAUGUGUUAGGCGGUAUAAGUGAGAGUAAUAUUCUUGGUGAUUUUAUGUAUUUAGACCUUACAUCUUAUAGUUGGAAUACUAUUAAUAGUACAUCUCCAAUCGCUGGACAUUCAACAUUGGUGAUUUCUGGAACGAUACCAGCACCUCGUUCCUGUUCAUCAAUGGUUUCUGCUGACAACAAUGACAAAAUGAUUUAUGUUUUUGGUGGGUUUGAUAAAGAUUUUAAUGGAUAUAAUGACCUUUAUGUCUUAGAUGCAUCGAAUGCUCCUGAUUUAUCUUGGUCUUCCGUGUCUGUUAGUGCAAAAGUUGAUCGAUCUUUAAUACCAUCACCCCGGGGUGCUCAUAUUGCAUUUGUAAAGUCAGGUUUAAUGACAAUUUGGGGUGGUUAUUCUAAUACGACCAUAACUGAUGGGAAUUUAUAUUUCUUUGACACUAAAGUUAAUAUGUGGGUUGACUCUCAAAGUUUGAAAAAUGCAAAUUCUACUUCGCAGUUUAAUCAGUCUAAUGGAGGACCUAAUACUUUGAUGUGGAGUAUUAUUGAUCUUCAGGAUAAAUGCGAAACUUGUAAUGAUCCCUAUUUUCGCCCUGGAGGUCAACUUGGAAGUGAGCCCGAUCUUCUCUCCAAUUCUGAAAAAAUACAUAAUAAAAGUCCCGGAUCAGUGAAAUCAAUACGAAAACCAUCUCUACCUAUGCCUUCGUUCAUACGACCGAGAUCAAAAUAUGAAAAUGAUUCAAUAUCAUUGGAGCGGCACAAUUCCAAUGCUUCUGUGGUUUCAACAAGUAUGUCAAUGUCUUCGGACGCUCUUAAAAAGACCGAUCCAUCACCUUUUCCGAUUACUCACAUAACGGAACCACAGCGCAUGAAGCGAUCCCAUAGACGAACUUCUUCGGUGACACUGAGUGUUGUUGAUGUAGAAAAUAUUACCCAUCAAACACAUCACAGACCCGUUAAUAAUCAUAGUAAUUCCCGUUAUUCGUCACAAAAUCCAUCAUAUAGCUUACGUCGAUCAGUAUUAUCCAGUACCCUUGAUUCAUAUGCAUUAACAGACAAUAUCUUUGAUAUAAAUCGUGGUUCAAGCGUUAAAUCAGUCAAUUCCCUUCAAUGGGUCGGAUUUAAUAGCUCAGUUACUGAUGUUCAAAAUGGAAGAAAAUUGUCUUUACAUGUACGAAAUGAUUAUCAUCGAAAGAGCGAUGAAGUUCGUGAUUCAGAUUCACAUGAUGAAUACAUAAUUCAUGGUGAUUAUAUCGAUACCACAAAUAGAAACAGCCCAGGUCAAUAUUAUCCUGGAAGAAACGGUAUAUCUGGUAUCUCAAGGCAGAGGGGUAUCUCUGAAGAAGAAGAAUAUAAAUAUGAUUCUAAUACAUCAUACAUGAUCCAAAAGAGAAAUUAUGCGAGUGGUUCUGAUCGUACUUCUGAAGAAAGUGGAUCAUUUGAUAAGUUCAGUAAUCGCUCAAUCUCUUCUCAAAGUUCAACAUAUUCGAGUGAUAAUUUUAACAAUAACUCUGAAGAUAAAAGGAAAGUCGAAAAAUCAAAGCGAUCAUCUAAAAGAACAAGUAAAGUAUCAUUUGCACCAACUGACGAAAAAAUAGAGUUUGAUGAAUUAGAAUCAUCAAAAAGUGUUUAUUUAGCUCGCAUUUCUGGGCGAUCGAGUCAAAGCAGCACGUCAAGCAGCAUGUCAAGUAACUCAACACCAUCUAUAGCUGAAGAGAAUGAGGAUUUUGAAGACAACACGAACACUUUGAAAACUGAUCCGAAUAUACUGAAAACUUAUCGCGUUUUUGAAGACGAAUUUAGCUCAGAUGAUUAUCGUCUUUCCUUCGAUGAACAUAAUUCUCAACACAAGUUAAUGCCACAUUAA